GCAUCCUUCCUCCCGCCCCCCGCCCCGCCUCCGCUCCCCUCCCGGGCGCACCGCAGCCGCGGACCGGGGGGACCGCGCCCCGCUUAAAAACCGCCGCUGACGCCUCCCCGAGCCACUGCGCUCGCCGGGCCCGGGGCUGCCCAGAACCGGCCUCCUCCCGCCGCUUGGCUCGCGUUCCGCCACCGAGGAGCAGGGACAGGUCUGCCCCAUGCCUGCGCACUUGCUGCAGGAGGAGGAGUUCCCCUCCGCUUCCAGCACCACCACUGUCAGCACUGUCACCUCCCGGGUGACCAGGAAUGGAGAUGCCGUCAUGGAGAAGGACUUCAUCAAUCAUGAGGACUUCGCAGGAGACCGAGGCAUGGUAGAUGAUAUCUUUGAUGACACCUACCAGGAGAAAGAGGGCCCCAGGCCCCCUGUGCGAUAUGUCUGGAGGAAUAUCAUCCUCAUGAGCCUACUGCAUAUAGGGGCCAUAUUUGGGUUGACGCUGAUACCUUCUGCAAAGAUCCAGACGCUGGCAUGGGCUGUGCUGUGUUUCAUCGUGAGUGCUCUAGGCAUAACAGCUGGAUCUCACCGCCUCUGGAGCCAUCGGUCUUACAAAGCCACGCUGCCCCUACGGAUCUUUUUGACUAUUGGAAACUCUGUGGCCUUCCAGAAUGACAUUUACGAGUGGGUCCGGGACCACCGCGUCCAUCACAAGUUCUCCGAGACAAAUGCGGAUCCUCACAAUGCCAAGCGGGGUUUCUUCUUCUCCCAUAUCGGCUGGCUGCUGGUGCGCAAGCAUCCAGAUGUCAUAGAGAAGGGCCAGAAGCUGGACCUGAGUGACAUAAAGGCUGACAAAAUAGUGAUGUUCCAGCGGAGAUACUACAAGCCAUCGGUGGUGUUGCUGUGCUUCACACUGCCCACUCUAGUGCCCUGGUACUUCUGGGAUGAAUCCAUCGUCAUCAGCUUCUUCAUUCCGGCUAUCCUGCGCUAUGCCCUAGGGCUCAAUGCGGCUUGGCUAGUGAACAGUGCUGCUCACAUGUUUGGCAACCGGCCAUAUGAUCGGCACAUCAACCCACGGGAGAACCCCCUGGUCAGCCUGGGGGCUCUAGGAGAAGGCUUCCACAACUACCACCACACCUUCCCCUACGACUACUCCACCAGUGAGUUUGGCUGGCACUUCAAUUUAACCACAGCCUUCAUUGACCUUAUGUGUCUCCUGGGGCUGGCCAGCGAUCGCAAGACGGUCUCCAAAGAGGUCAUCCUAGCUCGGAAAAUGCGGACUGGAGAUGGCAGUCACAAGAGUGGCUGAGUUUCUGUUCCAGUUCACACACACAUCCACACCUCUCCUUUUUCCUUUUUCUCCUUUCCUACCUUCCUGACCCCUCCAAACACGCUAGACAAAAGUUUAAUGUUCUGUUUACUAACUACUGAAUAAUGCUACCAGUUUGCUUAAGAUAACAAUGAGUUUUAAAUCCCCUCCCACGCUGUAUUUUACGUGAUAUAUUUAAGAUCUAGCACUCUGCCUUUAUAAUGCAAGGCCACCCAUUUCCCUCCUGUCAUUUUCUUUUCCGUUCUUUCUCUCCAGCCCCUUUACCCCAUCUGCCGCUUUAGAUUGUUCCGGUCUCUCACUGGCAGAGGAGUUGGUGGGAAGCAGCCUGGGGAGGCCCAUCGCAGACAGCUACAUACCAUAGAGUUAAGGGAAGCCUGUACCUGCCAGCUGAACAGUUGAGCCAAAGUCAGUGACCCUCUCCUCACCACCUUUGUGCCAAAACUCCUUCCUCUGUCUCUCCUCCUUUCUCAAGGGCUGCUGACACAUGUGGCAUGGCUAAACUGUUCUCCCUAGGAAAAGGAGCCCUGUCCCCUUCCCAUGCCAUUAGAGGAUUGUCUCUUUUCCGAGAUGUCUCUUGAGAAGUAUUCUCCCCCUUUCCCCACUGCUUAGCCUCUCUGGCUGGAGAGAGGAGAGCCCCCAGACUCUCAGAGCUCCAGCCAGGUCCACCAGAGGCCAGGAAGGUCUAGUGGCAGCAGUAGACACUGGAAAGGGAGCCUCAGUGGCCUUCUUACCUCCUGCCUCUGGUGUCACAGCCUCCCUCCCUCCACUGCCUGCUGUGCCCUGUGCCACCAGGGACUGAAGGCAGAGCCUGGCUCUGGGCUCCACGGCCCCUUUGGAGAGCCACAUCAAGGAGGGGACAGAUGAAGGGUGUGCCAGUGGCUGCUGUGGGAUAGGACCAGCCUGUGAUGGUUUUGUUUGCCACUGCUGACAAAACUUCAGUCCUGGCUAAGAGGACUUUGCCAAAAUGUAGAGCAGGAGAAGGGUGUAAACCAAAGCUCCACCACUGAGUUAAGCUGUUUUAUGUGCUGCAGGAACAGGGUUCCUGCUGGGUGGCAGGUGCAUGAUAUGAUGUCUGCGCCUGCCCUGCAUAUCUGCAUCCUGUCCUAAGCACACAGACAGGGGAAGGGAGCACCUGAUGGCAUAGGGUGGGGUGAGGAUGUCCACAGGAGUAGGUCUCUCCCUCCAUGUGGGCUCCAUUUGGUCGAUUACAAGUGCCUGAGAAACACCGAUAUGGGGCCAGGCGGCAGCUCAGGGGGCUCAAAGGAGUUGAGAUCUCUAUGGCAGGACGCUACGGCCAGAGUGGGGAACCUCUGGGCUUUCCUUCCCAGGGUCCACCAGGAUGGUUUGCAAUUCCCUUCUCCUCUGAGGGACUGGGAGGCAGUACUGAGGGAGUGAGACGGGGAGGUGAAAGCAUCUCCUUGUCUCUAAGCUUGCCUCCCAUCUCCCUUGUCAAGCCACCUCUCCACCUCACUUCUUUGUCCACUAGCCAGGCAGCGAGGGCAGCUGCAGAAAGGUCAUUUAUAUUCCUGAACUGACAUGGGCACACAGCUGGAGGGUGUGCUGGUCAAAAACAUCCUUGUGGAUAUUGUUUCCAACAAGUUACAGAGGCCACAGCUUGAGUUCAAGUGGUGGGUUAGGUUCUGGGUGUCAUGGCCGUGACCCCCUCAGUGGGCCGAAUGUGCUUUUUUACCCUUAUCUCUCUUCAUUAGUAUUGAUUUUUUUAUUAUUAUUACUAUUAGUUGUUGUAGCAAUAGUACCAUUUUUGUUGCUUAAAUGCAUCAAAUGGAGCUGGAGGAAAGCACAAGAAGUGGCUGGAAAAAGGUGAUGUUGGUGUGGGGGUUGCAGUGUCUUCCUUAUUCAGGCAGGCCAGAGAGGGCAGAGACAGAGCGGAUGCCAACUUCCUCACCUCAGCUCUGUCACAUAGCAGCCAGACAAGCUUCUGCAGCUUUGCUUUCUUCUGCUGCUGCAAAACUUGCCAGGAGCUAGGACAGUUUUUUGUGAUAUUCUCCUUCGUAACAGCAUGCAUAUUACUCAGAAAGUAAGUCCUUUUCUCAUUUCCCCUCCCUGCCACCACCACAGCCUUGUUACUGCUCAGCAGUGGGACCCUUCAAGGCUCUGAACCAUCAGGAGCCAUGUGGUCUCCAGCCAAGAAGUACAACCAGACGGAACAGAGCAGUGAGCCCUUCAGCUUAUGGUGUCAGGAGAUGGCAUCCUUACUGCUCCAAGGCUCGUGACUGCCUGGGGUAGGGGGGACUGUAGCUGGAAUUGUAGCCUACCAUUUAAAAAAACCCCAAACACCCUCACAAAAAAGAGAAAUACUGUUAACUCUGUAAUUGCAGGCUGACUUCGUUCUAGUCUAAACCACUCUGAACUCACAGAAGGAUGAAGUUGCUCCAGACAGUAUUUGAAAGGGGUGUGGAGAUGAGGUGAGGAUAGUGAUUUCCUUGCUCCUGUUGCCCUUAAUGUGUGUAACUUACCCUGCAGCAGAGAAGUGUGCAGUGACAUGCUGCAAUAGUUCACAUCUCCUCAGCAGAGAAGCAGGGUUUCACAUAAAGGGUUCCUUUCAAAUUCUAAGUGCUGAUUCAGGUCCAGAAUCUGGAAUCAGAGUGGAAGCUGAGGAGCAGUAACCAAACAGUCCUGCUGUUUGCCCAGUUACUUUUAAGGUAGAUUGGCAAAUAUCUCUGGGUGCCUUAAAUCUUUCUUUAAUAUACAUAGGAGUAUUGACAGCUAUUUGCUGUAAAUUUUUUUCUUUUUUUUUUUUUUCUGAAUUUCGAACAUUCAAGGGGUUGCUUAAUUAUUUAAUUGCCUACAUUGAACUGUGGGUGCAGGUGAUUUUGAAUGUAUUUGAGUUAGAACUUUUGUUAGAUUAAGAAACUGAUACAACACUUCAAGUAGAACUUUGAGAUAUAUAUAUAUAUAU